UGUACAUUUGAAAUUGAUAAUUUUAUCUUUAUACCGACCAGCCACGACCUUUUUCGGAAUUGUCAGUUACGAAAGUUAAAAUUAUUGAAUACUUUAAUGGAGAUUGAAGAAUUACAAUAAUGAAUAAGGUCAAAGAAAACGACUAUGCUUUCGACUUGCAACCAGAAAAAUUUGAGAGAGAUCAUUCGGCUACACAAAUAAAAUCGGUCCACCAAGGGCGUAAAAAUUAUUUCAGCGAUGUCAGCAAAAAGACAAGAGCAUUAGUCAUGAUACAUGAAAACAAAACUAUUCACGAAGGAAAAAAAGUAGUUCAGGAACGACGAGUGGACUACGAGUGUGACGUUUGUCAAAAAACGUUUUCAAAAAAGAACAAUUUGACUGUACACAAAAAAACAGUUCACGAAGGACGAAGAGACUACGAGUGCGACGUGUGCAAAAAAACGUUUAAAUCAAAACAGUACUUGGAACUUCAUCUUAGAGUAGUUCAUGAAGGUCGAAGGGACUACGAGUGCGACGUGUGCAAAAAAACGUUUAAAUCAAAACAGCACUUGGAACUUCAUCUUAGAGGAGUUCAUGAAGGACGAAGAGAUUACGUUUGCAAUGAGUGCCAACGAGCAUUUACUCAGAAGAUGAACUUGAUAAGACACCACAGAAUUGUUCACGAAGGACGAUGGCACUACGAGUGCGACGUGUGCCACAAAGUAUUUUAUCAGUCGAGCAAUUUGAAGCAACAUCAAAGAUCAGUUCAUGAAGGACGAAGGGACUACGAAUGUGACGUGUGCCAGCAAAGAUUUGCGCAGCAGAACCAUAUGAAGGAACAUAAAGAAACAGUUCACGAAGGACGAAAAUGCUACAAAUGCAACGCUUGUCAAAAAGCAUUUUCAACCCGGUGCAAUAUGAUGAGACACUACAAAACUGUUCAUGGAAGACAAAAAAAUUACGAGUGCGACGUGUGUCAAAAAGUAUUUUAUCAGUCGAGCAAUUUGAAGAAACAUCAAAGAUCAGUUCAUGAAGGACGAAGAGAUUACGUUUGCAAUGAGUGCCAACGAGCAUUUACUCAGAAGAUCAACUUGAUUAGACAUUACAGAACAAUUCACGAAAGACUAAGAGAUUAUAAAUGUGACGUGUGUCAAAAAGCAUUUACAAGAAAAUCAAUUUUAAAACAACACCUUAAAUCAGUUCAUGAACGACUAAAAGACUACGUAUGCAAUUUGUGUCAAAAAGUAUUUUCUUGUUCGGACAAUUUGAAGGAACACCAAAAAUCAGUUCAUGAAGGACGAAGAGACUACUAUUGCAAAUUGUGUCCAAAAGCGUUUACGCAGAAGAUCCACUUGAUAAGAUACCAGAGAACAGUCCACCCAGGACGAAAAGACUUGGAAUGCAACGUGAGUCAGAAAUUUUCAGACCCAGUUAAUGGAGAGGAACCCCAAAAAUUAGUACAUGAAGAGCAAAUAAAGUAUGUUCCAGAAGUAUGUAUGACAAAAGAUAACUUGACUAACCACAAAACAACUGAUCACGACGAACAAAGAUACUUUGAACUACAUAAUGUAUUUCGAAAAAAAUUUUAUAAAAGUCAAAAGGGCUAUGUCAGUGAUUUUUUCGUGUUGAAUAGCAACAAAUCCUAAUUUGAGGCACGAUUUGUAUGAAUGUGCUAAAUGUCAAAAGUCAUCUUAACUGAGACAAAGUUCGAACAGUCCCAUGGUAUUGUGCAGUCAUCGAAGGUAAAAACGAAAUUAACUUGCCUCGAGCAACUAAAACUCACGUAUAAAUAGAACUAUUUAGAAGAUU